CUUUUUCUGCUUACAUUACGCAUGGGCAUAAAGACCGCCACGAUUUGUUUUAUGCAGAAUUUAAAUACCAGAAUGUUUAUUUAUGUUUUUCCUUUUCUUCGAAGAGUUAGUUAAUUGUACAAAUCCCAAUUAGUGAAUUUCAAUCGAGUUCGAUAAUUCAAGUAAUAUGGCGGAAGAAACUGAAGUUGCUGCUGAACCCGAAGCUCAGGAAUUUAAGCUAGAAGAGCAAACUGAAUUGCGAUUUGAAGUGGAAGCUAAUUGCAAAGUAGUAUUAGAAUUAAAAAGUGGCACUGCAGAAAUCUUUGGAACAGAAUUAGUUAAAAAUAAAAAGUUUAAUUUUUCUUCUGGUGAAAAAAUUGCUGUGUUCACUUGGCAUGGUUGUACAUUAGAGUUGUUAGGAAAGCCUGAAGUUGCAUAUGUAGCUAAAGAGACUCCUAUGGUAUUCUAUGUAAAUCUCCAUGCAGCACUUGAACAAAUGCGGAUGAAAGCAGAAAAAGAUGAUUCAAAAGGACCCAUGGUGCUUGUCACUGGCCCUUCAGAUGUUGGUAAAACUACUUUAUGUAGAAUACUUCUUAAUUAUGCUGUGAGAUUAAAUCGACGUCCAGUGUUUGUAGAUCUAGAUGUUGAACUGUCAUCAAUAUCAAUACCUGGUACAAUUGCUGCUUUACCUGUUGAAAGAGUUGCAGAUGUUGAAGAAGGAUUUUCAUCCACAGCACCUUUAGUGUUUCAUUAUGGUCAUACAUCUCCUGGGAUUAAUAUAAUGCUUUAUAAUACACUUGUAUCUAAAUUAGCUUCUAUAAUUGAUAGUCGUGCAUCUGAAAUUAACAAAAAGGCAAGAAUCAGUGGCUGCAUAAUCAACACUGGUGGAUGGAUUAAAGGCGAAGGAUAUCAAUCAAUUAAACAUGCUGCUAAAGCUUUUGAAAUUAACAUAAUUUUGGUCAUUGAUCAAGAAAGAUUGUAUAAUGAGCUGGUAAGGGAUAUGCCAUUAGAUGUAAAAAUAGUUUUUGUUCCUAAAUCUGGAGGUGUUGUUGAACGUAGUCAACAAGCAAGAACUGAAGCCCAAGAUAGCAGGAUAAGGCAAUACUUCUAUGGGCUCAAGACACAUCUUUACCCUCAUUCAUUCGAUGUAAAAUUUUCAGACAUCAAAGUCUACAAGAUCGGAGCACCCUCCUUGCCUGACUCUUGUAUGCCUUUAGGAAUGAAACCUGAAGACAAUAGAACUAAACUAGUUUCAGUACAAAAUGGUCAAAAUCUUUUGCAUCAUAUUUUAAGUAUUAGUUUUGCUGAAAGUUUAGAGGAAGAAGUUGUUAAAACAAAUAUUGCUGGCUUUGUGUGUGUUACAAAUGUUAAUACUGAACGCCAGACUAUUACAGUAUUAUCACCUCAACCAAGGCCUUUGCCAAAAACUAUUUUUCUAAUGGGUGAUGUACAAUUUAUGGAUACGCAUUAAAACAUAUCUAUAAAUAAAAUAUGAUUUUUAAAAAAUAUCCAAACUUUGCUUUAUCAAUUUUUAAAAAUAAUUUAAUGCAUUGUGUCAUUCAUUGUUAUUUGCUUUGUUGUCUUUUCUGUGUAUAUGAAAAAUAAUAAGGUACUUGUUUAUUUUUAUGACCUCCAAGUUUACUUGUCAAUUUUCGGAUUUUGUCAAGUUUCUUUAUACAUUAUACAUUUUAGCAGUAUAUCUUGUUUGCUUUAUGAUAAAAUUCAGGGGUCAUGAGAAUAUUUAAAUAUCUAUAACAAUUUUGGAGUUUUUACCUUUGAUAAAAUAUACUUCAAAAUUAAAUCAGCUAAAUAUAUUCAACUUUUGAAUACAUGACAUAAGAACACUCUUAGUUAUAUUUUUUAUAUGAUUUUUAGACUGCUUUCAUAAUUUGCUCUAUUGUGAAAUUCUGUUUAAAUAUAUGUCUUAGGAUUAAAAAAAAAACCUAACUUUUUCAAGCAAAUUUAUUUACUUUUACAGAUGUACAUAUGAUAUAUAGAUAUGUAGAUAAGAUGUACUUUUAUAGAUGUCAGAUAAAUUGCUUUAUUUUGCAGAUUUUCAAUUUAUUUUGAAUUGCAUUUGCAGAAAAUUUGCUUACAUUUUGAAUAAUUUUUAUUUAUUUCGAUAUCUAUUCUUAAAUAAAUUAGGAUAUUUCAGAUCAUUAGGAAGUUCUCCAGUUAAAUUCUUUUUUGUUUUAUUUUUAUAAAAAUCUUAUGUUCUUGUUCUUAAUAAUACAAAUAAUUAAAGUAAGGAAUUUAAAUUUACACCUCUAAAUUUGUAUCUGACAUCAUAGAAAUUGCGCAGUAGCUUAUAUAACUGUUUUUUAAUGAUUUAAAUAUUAUUUUAUAUACCAUCAUUUUAUUAGCACAUUUAUACUUUUAAUAAACAGAGAUGUAAAUAUGAAUAUUAGAAUUUUAUAUGUCUGCUUUUAUGUUUCAUUGGUUAAAGAAAUAUGUCUUAAUUUCGGUCAAAAAUCAGUACAGAACCCAGAACAAGGGCAUUUUCAAUAGUCUAGUUAGUAAGCUGACACAACUAUGUUGUCAGAAAAUGAAACUAUUAGAAGGAUUAUGGCCACAUUUAAUAAAUGAAAUAAAAGAGAAAAAUUGUAUUUAUUUAAUUUUUGAAAAUUCAGAAUUUUUGUAACUUCACUUAUAUAACAAAGAAUUUUCUCUUAAUAUAAGUUGGUGAAUUAAGCUAACUUAACAUUAAAUUGAAAAUGGAGAAAAAAAAUUAUAAUCUUAGUUGUCUUUUUACUUUCCUAAGUGAAUUCAUGAAUGAAUAUAUGCUAUCCAUUAAUAUUUUCACUCGUAUGAUUGCAUUAGAUAUAUUAUGAAGCAUGGUUUAUAAUU